GGCUCUCGCCAACGACGUCGUAAUAUGACGCCGGAGACGAACGUUGAGCAGGGCCGGCCGAGACGCGGCGGCCGGAGCAAAUGGUGGAGCGACUCUCGAUGGGUUCGCGUUAGCUUCGUGAUGACGGAGAUUGCGCAUACGUCGGCGUUGCAAUGUGAGACUAGCAUUGGAUGAUGUGGAAACAAAUUUGAGAAUAGAAAUCCGACUUCUUGUUGUGUAUUUAUGGAGGGUUUGAGAAGAAUUUUGUUAUAUAUAGAGACUCAUAAUUAGGUGAAAGGGGGAAAGGGAGGGUCUCUCAAACAAUGGCUGUUGACGUGAGGCAAGUAAUGGCUGCUUUUCUUACAUUUUCCAUGUUUAUAAUGCUUGGAAACAUGAUAAAGAGAGAUCACAUCGAUCCACUUCUGGAUCCCUUACCGGUGUCGCCUAUCGUCCAAUAUGGCGCCCUUAAACUUACAAAACCAGGCAUGGUUAAGCUCACUGAAAUCAAUUAUGGCCCCUGGAAGGAAAGCAAUUCACCUCCAAGACACUGCUGGGACGAGAAAUCAUUAAGGAGGGGGUAUAAAUCCAAUGGAUACAUUUUUUUUUCGUUGAGCCAUAGCCCCGAGUUUCAUGCUUCUCAGAUAGCAAAUGCUGUGGUCGUAGCCAGGCAUCUCGGAGCAACCCUUGCACUACCCGAUAUAAGAGGAAUCAAUCCGGGGGAAAUAAGGCAAUUUGCGGACUUUUAUGAUGUGGAAAAAUUCACGACGAGUCUCAGCGGAGCAGUCGACAUCGACAAGAAUCCGCCAUUGGGAAUAUCGACCGAGAACCUCCCUGUCGUAAGAGUCCCCAACAGAGUUUCCAAAGAUUUCGUCGCAUCAAACAUCGAGCCCAUUUUCCGGAGCAAAAGAAACUUGAAGCUCGUCACCUACUUCAACGCGUCGAUGAUUACCAAUGGGAACAACAUGGACAAAUUAUCGAAUGCAUAUCGGUGCCAGGCAAUGUUUGAAUCCCUCAAGCUGCAGGGAGAGCUGCAGGAGCUAGUCGACACCAUGGUCGGGACUCUUCGAAGCUUGAGCCAGAAGAUGCGUGGCCGUUUUAUCGCAUUGGACUUACAGGCCGAGAUGCUGGCGAAGAAGAGCUGCCAAUUAGAAAAUGACGACGCGGCGAACAAACGGUGCUACAAUGCAGCGGAAACCGGAGAGUUUCUGAAGCGAAUUGGGUUCGAUAAAGACACGACUGUGUAUAUAACGCAGACGGGAUGGCACAGCAGCCUCGACUCAUUGCGAGACAUCUUCCCCAACACUUUCACAAAGGAUGCGAUAAUGCCAAUUGUCGAGAAGGCGCGGUUCUUGGAUGCAAAUGGUGUGGGCUACGAGCGACUGAUCGACCACUACAUGUGCGCGCAGGGGGAUGUGUUCGUCGCAGCGUAUCCGAGCAGGUUCUACGAGAGCGUGGUGGGCGACAGAAUUGGGCGCGGGAAUACACAGGUAUUCGUUCCGGCUGCGAGUGGUUCGGGUCUGGCGACCAAUUAUGUGUCCCCUUACGUCGCAAAGAAACGGCACCCGGCGUAUUCGUGCUUCUGCUGAAGCUGUUGUUGUGUUGCAUUUUCCUGUCGUUGUCGCCGCCGAUGAUCAUACUCUCUCUGUUUGUUAUCCAUUUAUCAAUAAGAUAGAUGCUUUGGGAAGAAGCAUCUGUAAGUUUGUUUUUGGCCUUUGGUGGUGCGGAAGUGUAGGUUGUGUUGGUUUGUUUGUUUGUACAUUUUUUGAGAUUUUUUACUAGGAUUAUUUAUCGA